CUGGUGCACCUCCAUGCGCACACACUCGCGGAGCACAGGCUAAACUCGGUCAGGUCUGGUUUUGGUCAAAUUUCCGCCUUUAAGACGCAGCUCAAAGGAAUCUACGUGCUGGGAAAUACUUACAGCUUCUCUUUUCCACACAAGGAAGUGAGAGAGAUACUGCUCUUUUUCUUUCUUUCUUCAAAUGGGAGUUACUUGCGCGCUUGAAACUUUGGCCCACUUUUCUCCUCAGUGACUGUCGUUUCGCUCGAAACAUGCCGGAGCAGUUGAGUAUUUCGGACUUCGUCGUCCUGACAAACGAGGAUUUGUCUUCGCCGGGGACUUCCAGCUUCCAGUCCAAAAUGAGUGACUGUCGGAACACGGUUUCAAACGUGGAAGAGUCUCUGGAGAUGGACCACACAACUCUGCAGAGGAUGAAGAAGAUGAUCAAAGCCAUACACACCUCUGGACUCUCGCAUGUAGACAACAAGGAGCUGUAUAUCGAGGUGCUGGAGAACCUGGGGAACAGCCACCUCACCCAGAACAACAAUGAAGUCUCCACGGGCUUCCUUAACUUGGCAGUGUUCACCAGAGAGGUCACAGCCCUCUUCAAAAAUCUGGUGCAAAACCUCAACAACAUCAUGGCAUUUCCUCUGGAAAAUGUGCUGAAGUCAGAACUGCGGGACGGCAGACUAGAGCUCAAGAAACAUAUGGAGAAGAGUUGGAAGGAUUACGACGUGAAAAUAGCGAAGCUUGAGAAGGAGAGGAAGGAGAAGACCAGGCAGCUGGGCCUGAUCAGAAUGGAGGGAUCAGACGGAGGGGAGGACAUGGAGAGAGAGAGGAGGAUCUUUCAGCUGCAGAUGUGUGAGUACCUUUUAAAGAUCCAGGAGCUGAAGGUGCGUCAGGGCCCUGAUCUUCUCCAGAACCUCAUCAAAUAUUUCCAAGCCCAGCUCAGUUUCUUCCAGGAUGGGCUGAAAGCUGCGGAGAACCUCGCUCCCUUCAUCGAGAAGCUCGCUUCUUCCAUUCACACGGUGCGUGUGGACCAGGACGAGGAAGUAAAACAACUCACUCAGUUGAGGGAUUCUCUCAGAUUACUUCUGCAAGUGGAGGGGAAAGAAGAGUACCUGAACAGGAAAAACUCUGGCAACGGUUACAGCAUCCACCAACCACAGGGAAACAAGAAGUAUGGGACAGAGAAGUCUGGCUUCCUGCUCAAGAAGAGCGAUGGGAUCAGGAAGGUUUGGCAGAAGAGAAAGUGCGGAGUCAAAUUUGGCUGCCUGACUAUUUCCCACAGUACGAUCAAUCGACCACCAGCCAAGCUGAACCUUCUGACCUGUCAGGUGCGACCUAACCCAGAGGACAGGAGGACCUUUGACCUGGUCACUCAUAACCGGACAUAUCACUUCCAAGCAGAAGAUGAGCAGGAAUGUUUGAUUUGGGUGUCAGUGCUGCAAAAUAGUAAAGAGGAAGCCUUGAACACAGCUUUGGGAGGAGACCAGCUUCACCUCCAGGACAGCGGGCUCCAGGAACUCUCCCGUGCCAUCAUUGCUGAGCUUCGACACAUGCCCGGCAACGAGGCCUGUGCAGACUGUGGAGCUCCAGAUCCAACAUGGCUAUCGACCAAUCUGGGCAUCCUGACCUGUAUCGAGUGCUCUGGCAUCCACAGAGAGUUGGGUGUCCACUACUCCAGGAUCCAGUCUCUUACUCUUGACCUGUUGAGCACCUCUGAGCUACUGUUGGCGGUCAGCAUUGGAAACACCAGAUUCAAUGACAUCAUGGAAGCAGGCCUGCCGAAUGACUCUGUCAAACCGUUGCCACAAAGUGACAUGAAUGCCAGGAAGGAGUACAUAGUGGCAAAGUACGCUGAACGUCGGUACGUCCUACAUAGAGAAGAAUCAAAUCCAGGCCGGCUGUAUGAUGCCGUGAGGAGCCGCGACAUCACUUUCCUUCUGCAGCUCUAUGCUGAGGGAGCAGACCUGACCAAACCAGUCACGAUCCCCGAAGGACAGGGGAUCAAAGAGACAGCUCUUCAUCUUGCUGUGCGUCUGGAGGAAAGAAGCUCCCUGGCGCUGGUGGAUUUCCUCUGUCAGAACAGCAACUGUCUGGAGAAGAGAACAGCAGAAGGGAACACGGCACUUCACUACAGCGUCAUUCAUCACAAGCCGGAAUCUCUCAAGUUACUGCUCAAAGCGAAGGCAGCCCUUCACACAGUGAACUCGGGAGGAGAGACAGCUCUAGAUGUUGCCAAGAGGCUGCAACACGCACAGUGCAUCGAGCUGUUGGAGCUCGCCCAGAAUGGGAAGUUCAACUCUCAGAUCCAUGUGGAGUUCAUGUGGGAGACGCAGUCUCAGGAGUUCUAUGACAGUGAGGACGACCUGGAUGACAGGGUGAGCCCUUUACCCAAAAACCGUUCUCCUCCGUCCUCAAAUGGAGGUGUCACAUCUUCUUUUGCGCGCUGGAAUGUGAAUAAUGGUGCCAGUCCUAGUGCAGGUAGCAGGCCUUGUCAGACGUAUGAGAAUCUAGACUUCUUAUAUGGAAAUCCUUCAGCCAAUAGUGCCCCUUCUGGAGCAUCAAUGCCACCACCACUGCCAGCUAAAUCCAUCCAAAGAGGUCGCUCAGAUCCCCAGAUUUCAACCACAACACAAGAAGGAAACCCACUUCCACGACGCUGCUCAAACCCGGCCUCCCACUCAUCUAGUCCCCAGUUGCAGGCAAGACACAGCAUGCAUUCACCCAAUACAGACAUCCAAGCUGGGAGAGCCCCUAGGUCUCCCCACGGACAGGGAGGUCUGCUCAGGUCACAGAGGCAGACCUGGGAGGGCCAACCUGGUCCUAGUUCUGGGUCUCAGAAUCACAUAGGACCAGUCAGUUCAGAGAAAACCACGUCAUACCGUCGCACCAGCAGUGGAGGAGGCAGCCAGGGAAAGUGUGGUGUUUUGUCUGCGAGCUGUACGGGCAGCCAGGAGGAGCUUUACUGCAGCUUAGUUGGGAAUAGUACUGGCCUGACCUUGGGCCCCCCCCCAGCCCCUUCAUCCUCACCUGCCGUGACCUGUGCACCACGACCUCGCAGGAACGCUAUGGUUUCUGGCAGCAGGCCACAUCAGAAGCGUGUCAAGGCUUUGGUGGACUGCAGAGCAGUCAGCUGUGAGCAGCUCGCCUUUUUCAAAGAUGAAAUCAUUGUGGUCAUGGCCGCUAAUGACCCCCACUGGUGGGUUGGCCACAUAGAAGGGGAACCAUCCCGAAGCGGCACCUUCCCUGUUAACUAUGUUCACAAACUGACUGACUGAAGGGGACAAACUUCGUAACAGCGGAACUGAAUCAUCUUAACCAUGGAAGCUUCUCAUCACAAAGUGGAAUUUCUCUUUAAAGGAAGACAGUGUUGUUUUCAUGGAACUAACUCUAACUAGAAGGAUGGAGUAAACCGAGAAUAUUUCCACAUGAGGAUGCACUGGCCGAGGGACACCUGAAGAUGUAAAUGACGCUGGUUUAGGGGUUUAUCCACCCUUUCAACAUUUCCUGGAAUCCAACAAAGAAAAUGAAAGCUUUCACAACCCCAUGGAGCCUUUCAGUUGAUGUCUCAAAUCCUGAACCACUAUUGAAAGGUACAAAGGUAAAAAACAUAUGUGGUCAGGGUAGAAUCUGCUCUUAUGUCCAUUUAACUGUUCAUCACACAUUUGUACAGGAGAUGCUGAAGUUUGUCAAUACUAAUCUAGGACUUGUACAUAGAGGCAAAAUUUACCGGCAAGGCAAAAACCUUUUGAGGCACUUUAAACAGAAGAAAUCUUCUGAAGAGUUGGCAGAGCUGUAAAUGUGUACCUAACCAGCUGCUGAAUAGGGACGUAGCUGCUUUUUGUUCACAAUGGAAACUCUCUAGUCUUAUAAAUCACAGGAUACUAGGGCUAAGAUAUGAGGCUCAUACGUUCCCAGUGUUUGCUGCGGCCUGCCUGCCCUGGGCCAUGCCUGCCAGUCUGUCUCCAACAAAGCGGCAGGCGUCUGGGCAGCCCAAGAGAGAGAUAGCUCAGCCAUUUCAACUCUGGACAUAGCUUGCAGGCUGCAUGGAGAGUGGAGGAUCCAGUUUCUUCUGGCUCCGGGCACCAGUCUCUGGAGAUCGUGGAAUAAUGGCGGCGUGUUAGAGAAAAAAAAAAAAAAAAAAGGCUCUCUCUGUCCUACCAGGAAAUGGCACUUAAAGAGGGCUUGUUAGUAACAGCACCCCACUGCAGUCAUUUGUUCAGUGAACACACGCUCGCACUGUAGUCCCAUGUGUUUCACACCAGAUAUACACAAGCACACUUGCACUUAAUGUAGACACACAAACCUUAAAAAAAGAAAGCAGAGCUUGGACCAGGAGAAAAAAAACAAAAAACUAAAUGUAACAUGUUUCGCAGUUGUUACACCAAAUUUGUUGUACAUACUUGUCUCAAACUGAUUUAUACUCAUAUACAGUAUAUCACCUUUGUUCACAUCUGUUAUCCAUCAUAAAGGACUGUAUCAUUACAGCUGGUGUUACUCCAUGUCAUUAUUUUAAUAUUUCGUGUCCUCUGUUUUUUUUUUUUUAUUGGUUGUCGGACAGAAAAAAGAAGGGACAAGACGCACUUGCAUGAUAAACUGAAAAUCUCUUACAGUGAUGAACGAAUGGGGGCAGGUUUACCUCCUUGUAAUGCGACGGUAAAACCAACUGGUCUGUUUCCAUGUCACUGUCUCUGCUGAUAUUGUUACACUAUUGAUGUUUAAGAGGACUUCAUUAGACUACAACUGUAAGUAGGAACUUAUUUCAUUGACUAUAUUUGUAACAUACAUAUUAAACAUUCUUAAUUAUGA